AGGACAGACACCACACUCCUGGGAUCACCCAGGAUGUUGCAAGGGCUUCUUCUGGUGGCCACUUGCUUCCUGUCUUCAGUUCCGGUUACUGCUCUAAAAGAUUUCCCUGGAGGAAAGAAGUAUGAAGUGGUUUAUCCUAGAAGACUUCAUCCGCUCCAUAAAAGAGAGGCCAAGGAGCUGGAUCAACAGGAAAGAUUUGAAACUGAAUUGAAAUAUAAAAUGACAGUUAAUGGAAGAGUCGCCGUGCUUUAUUUGAAAAAAUCCAAGCACCUCCUUGCACCAGGCUACACGGAAACACACUAUAAUUCAUCCGGAAAGGAGGUCACCACCAGCCCACAGAUCGUGGAUGACUGUUAUUAUCAAGGGCACAUCAUUAAUGCAACAUUUUCUGAAGCCAGCAUCAGCACGUGUAGGGGUCUAAGGGGCUACUUCAGUCAUGGAGAUGAAAGGUACUUCAUUGAACCUUUAAGCCCCACAAAUUGGGAUGAACAGGGACAUGCACUCUUCAAGCACAAUCCCGAUACAAAGAACACUAACGCCACCUGUGGGACUGAUGACUUGCUAUGGGCACACGGACCUUGGCAGCAGGUGACCCCUCUCGCCACCAGUCUGGUCAAAUUAAAUGACUGGAAGUUUUGGGAACGAAAGAAAUACAUAGAAUAUUAUUUGGUCCUUGACCAUGGUGAGUUUAACAGGUACAAUCAAGAUCCAGAAGAAAUAAGAAAGAGGGUGUUUGAGAUGGUCAAUUAUGUCAACAUGGUUUAUAAAAAGCUCAACACUCACGUGGCCUUAGUGGGAAUGGAGGUCUGGAGUGACAAGGACAAGAUAAAGAUAACCCCAAAUGCAAGCUUCACCUUGGAUAACUUUUCUAAAUGGAGAGGGAGCGUCCUCCCAAGAAGGAAGCGUCAUGAUAUCGCUCAGUUGAUCACGACAACAGAUUUUUCUGGAACGACUGUGGGCCUUGCUUUCAUGUCUACAAUGUGCUCUCCUUAUCACUCUGUUGGCAUUGUUCAGGACCACAGUAACAACGCACUUAGUGUUGCAGGAACGAUGGCCCAUGAAAUGGGCCAUAACUUUGGAAUGUUCCAUGACUCCUACCUUUGCAAGUGCCCAGAAACAGUGUGUGUGAUGGAAGAAGCACUAAGCAUCAACAUACCCACGGAUUUCAGUUCCUGCAGCCGUGUCAGCUACGCCAAGUUUUUCGAAGAUAAAUUAUCAGAUUGCCUCUUCAACGUUCCGCUGCCUACCGACGUCAUAUCCACGCCGCUCUGCGGGAACCAGCUGGUGGAAAUGGAAGAGGACUGUGACUGCGGGACUUCCGAGGAAUGCACCGACGUUUGCUGUGAUGCUAACACAUGUAAAAUCAAGGCCGGCUUUCUGUGUGCCUCUGGGGAGUGCUGUGAAGGCUGCCAGAUUAAAGAGGCCGGUAGAGUGUGCAGACCAGCAAAAGACGAGUGUGACUUGCCAGAAAUGUGUGAUGGCCAAUCUGCUCUUUGCCCUGAUGACCGAUUCCAAGUCAACGGCUUCCCUUGCCAGAACGGGAAGGGCUACUGCCUCCAGGGCCUGUGCCCCACGCUGCACGGGCAAUGCACCGAGCUCUGGGGGCCAGAAGCUGAGGUUGCAGAUAUGUCAUGUUACAGCAAGAACAAAAAUGGGUUAAAGUACGGGUACUGCCACAAAGUGGAUGACACGUACAUCCCCUGUAAAGCAAACAAAUUUUGGCUUUUCCUCAGUGACAUCAUGUGCGGGAAGUUGUUCUGUCAAGGUGGGUCAAAUAAUUUGUACCUGAAAGGACAUGUAGUGACUUUUUUGACGUGUAAAAUAUUCAAUCCUGAAGACAAGAGUCAAGAAGUAGGCAUGGUGGCCAACGGAACCAAGUGCGGAGAUAAGAAGGUUUGCAUUAAAGCAGAAUGUGUGGAUGUUGAGAGAGCUUACAAAUCAACCAAUUGCUCAUCUAAAUGCGAAGGACAUGCUGUGUGUGACCACGAGCUCCGGUGUCAGUGUGAAGAGGACUGGGCCCCUCCUUUCUGCGGGAGCUCCUCCGUGGUCUUCUCUCCCGGGUGGGUCUACCUGGCCCUGGCACUGGCCAGCGCUCGCUGCUGUUGGUGUUCUGGAUUUUGGCUAUUCUAACAGAUGGUGAAUCUCUAACUUACUCAGGUGGCCUCCAAGUGCGCUCCCGACAACAACGUGUGGGGCUUCAUGCAACAGCGUCUCACAGCGAACUGCACGGGGGCUGUUCGGGCAACCCUCUGCUUUCUCCUUAAAGCACAAA